AUGAACAAGCCAAUAGUCCACGCCGGAGCUGCAUGUCGAUCCUCGGUUGGGCAGAAGGCAGCCAAGCCGCUGCGAUGCACUGAAGGGCAGCAGACUUGGAUUGCUGACGAGCGACAGCUGGUUGCCGGUUGGCUGGCUGCGAUUGGCAUCUCAUCACGUGACUGGCAAAGAUUAACCUCGCACGUGAUUAGACCGUACGGUCUGUCGCUUACUACAGUACGGGACACCAGCAGCACUUCGUCAAUUGUCACUGCCGUCACGGAUACGUCAGGCUACGUGGGCCAGGGUACGACACACGCGCACUCACACUGGGUGCGCCCGUCCGGCCUGAGACACGAAAUCCCGGGGUCUGUCGGAGAUCGGACGCUCGCCGGUAAUACUCCACCGUCACUGGACAAAAGCGGCACGGCAUCUGCCGUGGUGUGGCAUCCAUUCGUGUGGCUCAGCGACGCGGUUAACCAGCGAUUGGCGAUGAGUGUCAGAGACUGAAACUGAAUGUCAAUGGAUCGAUCAAAGACCUGAGAGAAGUUGCUAUACCGUACAUGCAAGUGCCUGACGCCGUACAGUACAGUAUUUACUAUAACCGGCCAAAUUCGUGUUUGGCACAGAUCCACAGGCUUUGUUUUACAGAGUCAGUGCACGCAACCGAUACAGACAGUAUUGGGGGCUGAGUUCUUCCAGUGGACCAGUCAAGAGCCUGGAGCCUUGGCCGUCAAUCAGAGAACGGGAUGAGCACUUGACCGAGAGCUUGGUGUGUUUGAGAUGGGACGAAGCUUCUUUACUGCAACUCGAUGACAUGCUGGGCAUUUACAGUAGCUAUAGGUGCCUAAACAAUAAUACCGCGUGAGGAAAUUUAGGAGAUUUCCCCAUCACUAGUCUUGCGCGUCAGAGUGGUCUAGUAACCCAUACGCUCGUGACAUAAUAACGCUGGCA